AUGCAAUACGUCCGCAGCAUCAGCGGUUCCGUCUCGAAGACCUGGAACUCCAUCAACCCAGCCACCCUUAGCGGGGCAAUUGAUGUCAUUGUGAUCGAGCAAGAAGAUGGAACCUUGGCUUGUUCUCCAUUUCAUGUUCGAUUCGGCAAGUUCUCUCUCCUCCGCCCGUACGAGAAAAAGGUGGAAUUCUCCGUGAAUGGCGUCAAACAGGACUAUGCGAUGAAGCUGGGUGAGGGCGGGGAGGCGUUUUUUGUGUUCGAAACGACUGCCGAGAUCCCCGCCUCGCUGCAGACGUCACCCUUGGUUUCGCCUACCAGCAGUCCCAAGAUGCGCAGCGAAGAGAACAUCUCCUCUUCCUUGUCAGAGCCGGAGUAUUUAGACCUCGAUCGAUCUCCGUCGCCCACUGAAAACCGAGCCGAUGGGAAGUCAUCGGCUGAACUCCCCAUAUUGUCCCGGGGGAUGCGGGCAUCCAGCGACCUGGGUACCGUGCUUUUGACGAAGAACCGGUCCAACAGUAUUGGAGUGACGAAUCAGCCGUAUGCGGUGAAUGCCUUAGGCGAUGAAACCACUCCGGAUGGACGAUCCCGCAGCCCUCCGCCGUUGUCGCUUGAGGAAGUGAUGUCUCGAGCCGAAUCGCUGUCGAAGAAGCUGUCCGGGUCGAACAUCCCAUCUCGCGUAACGGAGACUGGAGAUUUGAUGCUGGAUAUGACGGGCUACAAAAGCAACGAGGAAGACGCGCUGCGGGCGGAAAUAAUUGCUCGGAAGAUUCUCGCCGAAGAAUUGGAGGGCAAUUGCGACAUCGGAGCCCUCAUCGGGGCGGAUGAGCACGGUAAUCUAUGGAUCUACAGCAGCGAGGAGGCCAAAGAGGCUGCCGAUCGCCGGGCUACGUUCAACACAAUGCGACCGGGGUCGGCAAUGAGUGAAAAUGCCAUCUCCGACCCGGGGUACCAUAGCGAUAGCGACCCGUCCAUCCAUGACAAGGCAGUGACGGCCCGUCACUUUCGGACGCAAUCAGACGUGCAACCCGGCUUUCCUACACCGCCACAGUCACCUAGUCAAGAUUCGCUUGCCUUGGAACCCACACGUAAUUACGCAAAGACUUUACGAUUGACCAGCGACCAGCUCAAGGCACUGAAACUGAAACCUGGUCCCAACAACAUGUCGUUCAGUGUGAACCGAGCAACCUGCACCGCCAACAUGUAUCUGUGGAACGGCAACACGCCAAUUGUGAUCUCAGAUAUUGACGGGACCAUUACUAAGUCUGAUGCUUUGGGUCAUGUGCUGAACAUGAUUGGACGAGACUGGACACAUGCUGGAGUCGCCAAGUUGUACACAGACAUCGCUAAUAAUGGCUACAACAUCAUGUACCUUACCAGUCGAUCCGUCGGCCAGGCCGACACGACGCGAGCCUAUUUAUAUGGAGUGUGCCAGGAUGGCUACCGACUCCCCAAGGGUCCAACCAUUAUGAGUCCGGACCGGACCAUGGCGGCACUUCGACGGGAGAUCUACCUUCGGAAGCCCGAAGUCUUCAAGAUGGCGUGCUUGCGAGACAUCCUGAACCUGUUCAAUGGCAAGGAGAACCCAUUCUACGCCGGGUUUGGCAAUCGCCUGACGGACGCGCUAAGCUACCGCUCGGUGAAUAUCCCUUCGACACGGAUUUUCACCAUCAACUCGAAUACGGAGGUGUCGUUGGACCUUCUCAGUUUGAACAAAUACAAGAGCAGUUAUGUUUCAAUGGGAGAGCUGCUUGACCACUUCUUCCCGCCCGUCAGUUUGCUGGUUCAGGCUGGUGGCGAGGAGUACACCGAUUUCACGUAUUGGCGUGAACCCCCGCCCGACCUCGAGGCGUUCUCAUGCACAGACAGUGAAGCCGAAGACGAGGAACCCGAGGAAGACGAGGAGGAGGAGGAGGACGAGGAGGAGCUGGAUGAGGACGAAGAACUUGAAGAUGAGGAGUACGACGGCGAGAUCAGCGACGAUGGCAGCGAGGCUCUGGACGAGGAGGAGAUUGACGAAGAGGAGGACCUUGGCGCCAGUUAUAUAUCGCAAGACUCCGUGGACGGAUCUGAACUGGUGGAUGAUCACCACAUUCUUCCCAACGAGGAGGAAGUGAGAGCUGUCAGUGCCACUCCACGGUCUCCCCCGCGGCCACCCUCUCGUUGA